CAGGCUCAGUUUCGUCUCAGUUUUCCAACUGGAUUUUAUUCCAUGCUAGCAAGCUUAUUUAAGAAGAUUUAUAUUUAUUGAAUCAACAGAUUCCUAUUAUAUUUUAAUCGUUGACUGAAAACCAAAAAUGCCUGCUGCACCAGGAACAGAGCCUAAAAAGAUAGUCAAGAAGAAGGUCGUCAAAAAAGUUGUCAAGAAGAAGAAGGAAGACCCAAAAGCCGAAGAAACUAAACCCGCGGAAACAAAAAAUAAAACAGAGAAAAAAGAAAAGGAUAUUCCAAAAGAAAAUUCACCAAAAGAGGAACCUGUUGCUCCACCUCCAACUGAACCAGCUGCUGCUGUGGAACCAGCCACUCCCAGAGAAGAAGUUAUUGCUGAGAAGCCGAAAGAUGUAGAAACGACAGAAGCUCCAGUCGUGGAAGAAAAGAAAAUUGAAAUCAAAAAGGGAUAUGUACCGGAUGAAAAAGAAUUGGAGAAAGAUGUUGAUUUUCGCAACAGACUGAAGAAAGUAGAGAAAUACAGAAAAGAGGAAGAAUCUGGUGAAUGGGACGUAUGGUCUCUUUUGAAAAGUGCGUCAUCUCGUGAAUACGAAGCAAUUGCUUUCAAGUUUGGAAUUGUUGACAUGAGAGCGAUGUUGAGAAGAUUGUCAAAUACGAAGAAACGAGAAACGCAGAAAGCAACUUCAUUUUCCAAGAAAUUGCCAGAAACCAUUGCGUGCACCAUUGGAGAAAAAGUUGUGCUUGAGGCAGAAGUUGCAAAUGAGCAGAUGACAGUAAAAUGGCAGAAAAAUGGAGAAAAUAUUGAAGCAAGCAAACAUUUUCAGAUAAUGACUAAAGAAAACAAACGAACUUUGAUCAUCGACCAAACUGUCUUGUCAGACGAUUCUGCAUAUUCUUGCGUUGUAGGAAAGGACGUCACAACAUGUGAACUAUUUGUUCGAGAACACCCUGUAACUAUCACGAAAGGACUUGAAGAUAUUCAAGUCAAAGAGGGUGAAGAUGCUGAAUUCAAUUGUGAACUAUCCAACGAAAAUGGAAAAUUCAGAAUUCUGAAAGACGGAUCUCAAAUAGAACAAGGAGAGAAAUACAACAUCAAGAAAGAAGGAGUCAAAGUUACUUUUAACGUUAAAAAGAUUUCAACUGAUGAUGAAGGUUUUUAUCAAAUUGUUACCAACGGUGCUCAAUCUUGUGCAGAAAUCGUCGUCCAAGAAACUUCUCAAAUCACCCAAUCUUUUUCUGACUUGAAGGUUAACUUCAAAGAUACUGCUGAAUUUGCUUGUCAAGUAUCAGAUGAAGCUGUGAAAGGACAGUGGUUAAAAGAUGGCAAACCAAUUGUUGCUGAUGAUAGAAUCAAGAUCAUUGAGGACAAAAAAUCACGCAUACUCACAAUUUCAAAAGUAAAUGACAAUGAUCAAGGAGAAUAUUCCUUUGCAACGGAAGGAUCUGUAACUAGUUCUAUAACUGCUGCAUUGGAAUUGACAGGCGGACAUAUCGUAGUCGAGAAAAAGAAAGUACCACCAAAAAUUUUUCUUGACAAUUCUCAAAAAGACCGAGCCAUUAUUGUCCGAGCAGGAAAUAAAAUUAAGCUCGACAUUCCGAUAUCGGGAGAACCAGCUCCUGUUCCAGAAUGGAAAAAGGGACCCAAGGAUGGCCCCACUGAAACUAUUCCCUCAACCGGUAAAAGAAUUUGGUCUAACACCAGCGCAGAACACCAGAUCACAUACAUGGAGAUUCUUGGUGCAAAGAUUUCUGACAGUGGUCUAUAUACUUGCGUACUGACUUGGGAUAAGUCGGACCAAGAAGGCACUGAUUCUGAAUACAUCCGUAGACAAGAGUUUGAAUUUUUAUUAAAGAUAGUUGAUGUGCCUGCAACUCCAACAACUCCGGUCAUCUCGAAUGUCACCGCAGAAACCUGCCAAGUUGAAUGGAAAGAGCCUGGUGAAAAUGCAGGAUGUCCAAUCAAGGGAUACGUAAUUGAACGCAAGAAGACUCAGUCAGAAAGAUGGAUUCGUCUGAACGCAGCACCAAUUGAAUGUACCGAUUACGAAGCUCGUCGUAUGAUUGAAGGCAUUGAAUACCAGAUUCGAAUUCUCGCCGCGAACGCAGUCGGACUCAGCGAGCCUAGCAAACCAAGCUUACCGUUUACACCCCUGGCUCCCUGCAGUGUUCCAACCAACUUCAAGGUGUCUGCAACUACUGAUGACAGCAUCGAGUUAUCUUGGAUUCCUCCAAUGGAAAUUGGAGCAGCCGGACUUGAUGGUUACAAGUUGGAAAUGCAACUCAAAACAGCCGAAGGUGGUGAAUGGAAGCUUGUACAAAAAGGUUUAUUGAGCAAUAAGUUGACCAAAAUCAACUUGGAAAAACUGGAAACGUGCAAGAAAUACUGUUUCCGAAUGAGUGCCGUUAACAAAGCGGGAUCAAGCCCUUUCGCGGAAGUAGGACCCGUCGUUUGUGCGUUCCUCGUUGAGGAACCGAAGAUAUCUCUACCAAGACCUUAUCUGAAACCGGUGAAAGUAAAAGUGGGCGGUAAACUUCAUAUCAAUGUGCCAUAUCAGGGAAAACCAAAACCAGUGUUGACAUGGACAAUGGACGAAAAACCCUUGGAGGAACACGUUGCCGUACGUAACUCUCCUGACUCCACAGUGCUAUUCAUUAGAAAAGCUGAACGAUGGGAUUCUGGUCGUUAUCAACUGGAAUUGAAAGUUGGGGAAGAUAUUGUAAAAGCACACAUUGAUGUUGCUGUCAUUGAUAUCCCAUCAAAACCACGACAAGUAAAACUUGUUGAAGUGCUUGGGAAUUCAGCUUCACUCAAAUGGGAAGAACCGAGCGAUUCUGGCAACACUGAUAUCAUUGGCUACGUGGUUGAAAAGAGGGAUGCCAGAAGUGAAGAUUGGUUUGUUGUUUACGACAAGCUCCGACACAAGCAAUGCCAAGUCAGUGAUCUGGUCCUGGGAAAUAAUUAUUUCUUCCGAGUGAAAGCAAUGAAUGAAGUCGGUGUCGGGGAUGGAGCUGCAACAAAGGACAGUGCAAAUAUCCCCAAAGAAAAAACCGUGUACAAAAAGCCAGAAUACGCAGCAAUGGAUUUCAGAAUGAAGCCAGAAUUUACUCAAACUCUCAAUAACAGAAGAAUUGUUGAAAACUACAACGGAACACUAAGCUGUGCUCUGAAAUGCAAUCCAAGACCCAAGAUACGUUGGUUUAAAAACAAGAUCGAAAUCAUUGAUAACCCUAAAUACAAGCUGACUCAGUCUAUGGGAAUCGUACAACUUGAAAUUCGUCGUGCAAGACUGAAUGACGCCGGCACUUACACAGUUACUGCUACGAACGAACUCGGAGAAGCAUCCUGCUCUGCUGAAGUCACCAUCAAAGAAAUCAAAGCUCAAGGAUAAAGGAGGUAUUCGAAGAUGUAUUCAGAUAUCGGUCAAGAAUGUGUUUUCAUCAAAUCCUAUCAACUUAAUUUGAAAUAAAAGACUCGUGCUUGACGAACAUCAUCUGUAAAUGAUAAUGAUAUAUUAUAUUCUUUAUUCUUAUAAUGAUUGUUAUUUAUGAUUGACCAAUUUGGAUGAGUCACGAAUUCGAUAAAAAUAACAUUUUGUUUCUGAAUUAAUAAAUUAUACAUAUAUUUAUAAUAUAGUACAAUUCAAAUCAUUUUGGAAAUUCGGUAAUUUAUUGAGUAACUUAGAGAAUUUGAUAUUAUUAGAAAAAUACAUUUUCUCCAAAUUCUGAAUAAACCAAUAGUUGUAACGAGCGCUCUAUACAAUAAGUCACUUAUUAGAAAGCAGCUGAGAUUGAAAGAAUCAGAAUCAUGUUUUAGGAGGAUUCAUUCUUUUGAUGACGUGAAGUUAAUUUUUUUAUUUUUAUUUUAUGAUUAAAAUCGUAGACCAAUUUUUGUGGUGAUGAACAAAUAUUUUCUGGUUUUGUCAAAUUAAAAGGCCAUUGCGCAUUCACUCACUAAUGGAAACAAAAUUAUAUAACAUAUAAUCGCUUUAAUAUUAUGCAAUCAUUUAACUGCUCAUUUUGUCGGCAGAAAAUAACUUCGGAUUGUUUGAAUGUAAACUGAAAUAUAUUAAAUAUUAUAUAACAUUCAAGCCGUUCCGAAGUUCCAAGACUUGAGAUUUCAACAGUGCUUACUGAAUUCUCGUUUCGUGCAUGACAAAGUUGUUUGCAGCGUAUUUUUUAAAAAUAAUGUUUUCCAUGUGUUGUAUGUAUUUCUAUAGGUUACAGUAAAAUGUUAUUCAUUUUUGUAAAAUAAAUUGUUGAAUUCAACAUUGGAAAUGUUAGACUUGGUUUUAAAAGUGUUCAAAUUUCAUCGACCUUGUAUUAGCAUAGAUUAUUUAACGUUUUGUUCAACGAAUAAAUAUAAACAAUUAUUGGGUAUUUAGUUAUUUUGAAUAAUAUCUUUUUAUUUCAUCUGUCAACUUAUUUUGUUGUUAAUUUUGUAAAUAAAUAUUAUUUCAAAAUAUAUUAUAUCAUAUGCAUGACACAGAAAGAUGACGUGUGUUAAAAUAUGAGUAUUUUCAUAUCAGUUGCUAGAUGCCGUUGUUAGAUUUAUUAAAUGGUGGUUAUCUUUAAAUUUUUAUGCUUUGAGUAUUUGUACUCUAAUUUUGAAAAUUUAUGCCAACUUCCCCACUUAUCUAUUCAUUCAAGUUAUUCCAAUUAUUUAAUUUAGUUGAGGACAAUACAUGGUGCGGCUACGUAAAAGUGUAUUAGGAUAUUUAUAUCUCUAAACUUUGAGGCACGCUGUUACUUGAUGUGAUUACUGAAAGCUCCCUUAUUGCAAAAUUGACACAACACAAGAAAAAUUCUCCUCACGCUAUUACUUUCGAUAUAAUGAUAUGAUAUUUUUUCUUAAAUUUUUCAUUUCGUUUUUCCAUUCAGUGAUUUUUCCUUUCCGCGUUCAAGUUGCUGCAAUGCAAUUAUUCAAAUGUAUUUCCAUAUCACAAUGAUUCACAAUGGAAACCAUGAUUCAUUGAGAGAAAAAUAAAAUACAACACGAUUGCCAUA